CGAAUGUUUUGCAAUUUGAGCGCGAUUUUAACGUUUAAAGAGAUUUUCUUUGUUUGUUUUAUUGUGAUCUCAUAUGAUUUUCGUUCGAAUUUUAAGUGAUUUAACAGAGUGAUCAAAUAUAGCUGCAUAUUGUUUCGUUCAUAAUGACUCAAGGCGACUCUACGAAAAACUUGCCUUGGGUUGAAAAAUAUCGUCCGUCUAAAUUAGAAGACUUAGUAUCUCACGAUGAUAUUAUCAAAACCAUCAACCAGUUUAUGCAAGAGAACCAAUUACCACAUCUGCUGUUCUACGGCCCCCCUGGUACUGGCAAGACGUCUACUAUUCUAGCAUGUGCCAAACAAAUGUAUACUCCUCAGCAGUUCAAUUCUAUGGUGUUAGAGUUGAAUGCAUCAGAUGACAGAGGCAUUGGUAUUGUGCGAGGACAAAUCCUGAGUUUCGCCUCCACUAGAACAAUUUUCAAAGCCGGACCAAAGUUGAUAAUCCUGGACGAAGCAGAUGCCAUGACCAAUGAUGCACAGAAUGCUCUACGCAGAAUAAUUGAGAAGUACACGGAGAACGUGCGUUUCUGCAUAAUCUGCAACUACCUGGGCAAGAUCAUCCCGGCGCUGCAGUCGCGCUGCACGCGCUUCCGCUUCGCGCCGCUCCACGCCGCGCAGGUCGUGCCGCGACUACGCGAGGUCGCCGCCGCUGAGGGUGUGGACAUAUCCGAAGAUGGCCUAAAAGCGCUGCUCACACUGUCGGGUGGCGACAUGCGUAAAGUCCUCAACACACUACAGAGCACGUGGCUCGCGUACCGCCGCGUCACGGAAGACACGGUGUACACCUGUGUGGGACACCCACUGCGGGCUGACAUCAACGCCAUUCUAAACUGGCUGCUCAAUGAGAAUGACUUCGCUGCGUGCUUUAAGAAUAUACAGGAUCUCAAAAUAGCGAAAGGCUUGGCUCUCAGUGACAUAUUGACAGAAGUUCACACGGUUAUACAAAGAAUGAAAUUACCACCGGAGGUGCUCGUCUCCCUGCUAAUCAAGAUGUCCGACGCGGAGGCGCGCCUCGCCAGCGGCUGCAGCGAGCGCAUCGAGCUGGCCGCGCUCAUCGCCGCCUUCCAAGUGGCUCGCGACCAAGUCAAACUGGACGUGCAGGCUGAGCCAUAGAUACUGUAAGUCUUGUGUUUUUAAUAAAUUUUAUAAAAGA